AUGUUGCUUAUGAAUAAUAGAGUCGCAUUUUGCAUAUUUGUACUGUGUUUUAUAAAAUGCGUCUCGGCAAAGUCUCGCAAACCAAACAUCGUAAUAUUCUUGACCGACGACCAAGAUCUCAUGUUGGGUUCGAUGGAUGUUAUGGAUUAUACACGUGAGAGAUUAAUCAGACAUGGGGCAACUUUCAAUAAUGCUUUCACCACUUCUCCUAUUUGCUGCCCAUCAAGGAGUUCUUUUCUUACAGGAUUAUACUCUCAUAAUCACAACGUGUUGACAAACAAUGAGAAUUGUUCCUCAAUCGCUUGGCAAGUAAAACAUGAAUCCCGUUCUUUUGCAACUUAUCUCAAUAAAACUGGAUAUUCAACAGCGUACUUUGGAAAAUACUUGAAUGAGUACAACGGUAGCUACAUACCUCAGGGGUGGCAAUACUGGAUGGGAUUGGUCAGGAAUUCAAGAUAUUACAACUAUUCACUACGACAUAAUGAUGUAAAGGAAUCACACAGAGACAAUUACCGAGAUGAUUACUUCACUGACCUUAUAGUAAAUCGGAGCAUGACUUACUUUCGUCGGAAGAAACAUGAAGAACCCGACUCUCCGAUCCUAUCUGUCCUCAGCUUCCCUGCUCCUCAUGGAUCAGAGGAUGGUGCUCCUCAAUACCAACAUCUUUACGCAAACGUCACAUCUCAUAUCACACCAAGUUUUGAUUACGGUCCUAACCCUGAUAAACAUUGGAUAAUAUCAAGUAGGAAAGUCCCAAUGGAUGAAACACAACAUAGAUUCUCAUCCAUACUUCAACAGAAACGACUUCAAACUCUAAGAUCUGUAGAUGACGCUGUGGAUAGGUUUGUUUCUAUGUUGCAAGAUACGGGUGAACUGGACAACACUUAUCUACUUUAUACAUCGGACCAUGGGUUUCAUAUUGGCCAGUUUGGAUUAGCCAAAGGGAAGAGCAUGCCUUAUGACUUUGAUGUAAGAGUUCCUCUAUUUAUGAGAGGACCUGGAAUCCAAGCAGGGUUGCAUGUGAAUGAGAUCAUACUAAACAUUGAUAUGGCGCCCACUAUACUUGGUAUAGCUGGAGUAGAAGUUCCUGAAUGGAUGGAUGGAAGAAACUUUAUGCCGGUUAUAAGAAGGCAACCGGUCACCCCACCAUGGAGGGAUAGCUUCUUAAUAGAAAGGGGGAAGAUCCCACUCAACAGAGUUCAUCUUGCUAAGCCUGUUCUACCUUCGAAACAAGAACGAAUAGAGGAGGAAUGCAGAUCUCCAAUUUACAAAUAUCCUUGUGAUCCUGGUCAGGAAUGGACAUGUGUGUUGGAGGAUGGAGAAUCAAAAAUACGAAAAUGCAAAAGGUUUAAAGUUCCAAGAACUCGAUCACAAAAACGACGCAGAAAGUGUACGUGUCAUGGGAAAAAGAAAACUACUGUGUCACAUGACUGCAUGCGUCGGUUAAACCAAAUCAAGCGCGAAUACAAACGAUUCGCAACAACGAACGAGCGACGGCGGUUCAUCCGAAAAGCAUCAGCUUUACGAAGAAGCAACCAAUGGCAUUCCUUCCUCAGUGGUGACGAAGGGGGUCUGGGUUCGAGUAAAUAUUCUGACGAAAGUUUCAGCUCCUUUGGUGGAAGCAAUGGUUUGUUCAGGACCAAAAGAAGAUCUCCUAAUAAUGAGGUCGUUUCCCUCACUAACAACAGAACUGUCAUGUUCAACAAACUAAACAUGGCGAUCUCACCCCAAUGUGUGUUUAUGUUCCCAGAAUAUAAAAUCAAAUGUAAUAAAGGUGCAAGUAGAACUGGUGCAAGACGUUGGAAGAAGAAACGGUUGGAGCAACUUAAUCGACACAUUGUUGCUACAAGGCUUCGUCUCAAAUUAUUACGGAUAGCAAGCGCUUGUGUGACGAACAAAGCGAGUCCGCAACGAAUCAGACGUUCGCCUCAGUGCAAAUGUAAGACCUCUAGUGGUAGAGCACCAAAGCCGAGAAUCGAACCAAGAGUCCAGCAACAAAACCAAAGCGUUAACCCAAUGAAAAUCAUAGCUAUGGAAAUCCGGCAAGCUUACAACAAACGCCUCCAAGAAUUUCGUGAAAGAAGACAAGAAGUGAAUUUUCAUCGAAUAAAAAAGAAGAUUAAACAAUCUCGUCCUUCUAGAGGGAGGUGCAACUCGAAUGGCAUGAGUUGCUUUAAACUUGAUGCCAAUCGAUGGGAAACUCCUCCUCUUUGGGAAGGUGAAAAUCGUUGUUAUUGUACCAAUUCCAACAAUAACACAUACUGGUGCAUUCGAAUCAUCAAUGCUACAUCCAAUCUACUCUACUGUGAGUUCAUAACUGGGUUUGUUGAGUAUUAUGACCUCAGAACUGAUCCACACCAGAGAUCAAACACUUAUCUUGAACUGAACACGAAUAAACACAACGCACUCAACGCUGAGUUGGCACAACUUCGUGUGUGUAAGGGGGCUGCCAACUGCCAUGUUUCUCGAAAUAUAUCAAAUGCAACAACAACAGCAGCUACACAAACAACAACGACAACAGAAACAACAACAACAACACUACUACCUUCUGUAACUCCUGAUAUUGAACUAGAUAUUCCUGAACCUGGGUUGGAACUAUCACCAACAACAACAACAACUACUACACAAGAACCUGCGACUAAUUACCCACCUGGGGUAAAUCCGUUGGAUGUCCAAAGAUCGCAGAAAAGUGAAAUACGAAACAGGAAGCGAUAUCCAGAUGGCCGGCGAAGGGCGCAAGGUGGUGGAAGACGACCAGGGUGUAAUACGUGGACGCGACGCAGAGACCAAGCUGCAUGGAUAAAGUUUUGCCGCACAAGACCGCAAGCUGCACGUCGUCGUAGGCAACGAAGUAGCAACCAACGGUGGAGAAAAUAUUUACAGGGGUAGUCCUUAAAUGAAGAACCUGUAUGGCUACACUGCCUAUAAAACACUGUCCUCUCUGGAUGGAACUAGUUUCGUUUUUAUCUUUGAAUUCAAGCUUUUAUCAUGCAUCUGUGUUUAGUUGGUCUAAAUGCAUCUGUGUUUAGUUGGAUUGUUUUAUAAGGGGAUUCUUAUUAUGCUAAACAUUAUGAGAUAAGUUCCUUUUUUAGGUUUAAAUAAUCGGGCAAUAUUUUUUAUUUAAGUAUAAAAGUUACACUACACUUCAACACCAGGCAACUCUUUUGGUAUGUCCAGUGUAGAACCUCACUCAUGUAGAAUAAAAUAAAUAAAAAGAUUGUCAUAGAAUUUGUAAUAAAUAAAUGAUGUAUUUUGUCACCAGUAUAACUUUUUUAUGUAACAUCAGUAUUAAAGUCUAUUGCUUUUCCAUCUUCAUAUGUUUCUCUGUUUUAAUCAGUAUUGCUGCUUUCCAGUUGGUGCUAUAGUUUUUCCAAAUCAACACUGUCUUGCCCUUUCAGCAGCAUAUUAACGACACAGAGAAAAAUUCAACUCUUAAUAUAUGUAAUGAAUGAAUUUUAAAAAAUAAAAUUUUGUUAUGUAUAUGACAACCUA